CUUACUAUCACAACCAGAAGAUGGGCCUUCUUCUUCCUCUUCUUCUUUCGGUGUGUGGUUUUGACUGACUGUCUGCUCUUUUUCUCUCUCUCUCCACCAAAACCAAACCCAAAAUCUUUACUUUAACCACAAUCUCUCUCUCUUCAAGACCUAAACUUUGGCGAUCCAUUCUCCUGGCCGGAUCCAUCCUCAUCUGGGUUAGGAAUUUUACUUUCAGUUUUGAUCAAGUUUCUACUACAAUCUUGGUAAUUUAGUGAUCUGAUAUAUUGAAUUCGAAAGAGGAAUAUUGAGGACAUCUUUGUAGUUUGAGCCAAUGGCUUCAGUAAGUGUAGCUCCUUCUGGGGCAGUAAGAGAAUCCAGCGGCAAUGUAGCUGGUGUUGAUAAGUUGCCUGAAGAAAUGAAUGACAUGAAAAUUAGAGAUGAUAAGGAAAUGGAAGCAACCAUUGUUGAUGGCAAUGGGACAGAGACAGGUCAUAUAAUUGUCACUACUAUUGGUGGAAAGAAUGGCCAGCCAAAGCAGACUAUAAGCUAUAUGGCAGAGCGUGUUGUUGGUCAUGGAUCUUUUGGAGUUGUUUUCCAGGCAAAGUGCUUAGAAACUGGGGAGACAGUUGCUAUAAAAAAAGUUCUCCAAGACAAGAGGUACAAGAAUAGGGAGUUGCAAACCAUGCGACUUCUUGACCACCCCAAUGUAGUGUCCUUGAAGCACUGUUUCUUCUCAACCACUGAGAAAGAUGAGCUCUAUCUUAAUCUUGUUCUUGAGUAUGUCCCUGAGACAGUCCAUCGUGUGAUUAAACACUAUAACAAGAUGACCCAAAGGAUGCCCUUGAUAUAUGUUAAACUCUAUUCUUAUCAGAUAUGUAGAGCUCUUCAUUACAUUCACAACAGCAUUGGUGUUUGUCACAGGGACAUAAAGCCUCAAAAUCUGUUGGUCAAUCCACAUACUCACCAACUCAAACUAUGCGACUUUGGAAGUGCUAAAGUCUUGGUGAAAGGGGAACCAAAUAUAUCUUACAUCUGUUCUAGAUACUAUCGUGCACCUGAGCUUAUAUUUGGGGCAACUGAGUACAGCACAGCCAUCGAUAUCUGGUCUGCUGGAUGUGUCUUAGCUGAACUUAUGCUUGGUCAGCCUCUAUUCCCUGGGGAAAGUGGAGUUGACCAGCUUGUUGAGAUAAUUAAGGUUUUAGGCACCCCAACAAGGGAGGAAAUCAAGUGCAUGAAUCCUAACUACACAGAGUUCAAGUUUCCCCAAAUCAAAGCCCAUCCAUGGCACAAGAUAUUCCACAAGCGCAUGCCCCCAGAAGCUGUGGAUCUUGUUUCAAGGCUACUACAAUAUUCUCCUAACCUUCGAAGCACCGCCUUGGAGGCUUUAGUUCAUCCAUUUUUUGAUGAGCUUCGUGACCCUAACACCCGCCUGCCAAAUGGACGUUUCCUCCCUCCAUUAUUCAACUUUAAGGCACAUGAACUGAAGGGUGUACCGGCGGAGAUGUUGGUAAGGCUGAUUCCAGACCAUGCUAAAAAGCAGUGUGGCUUCCUUGGAUCGUCGUCGUAAUUAUAGGGUGUCAUCGAAGUUGUAGUUGGUAUCCACUCUGCUCUGCUCCUCGCAGUAGCGUUCUUGUAGAGAAAAAUAGCCGAGUGUUCUUCUUAUCUAAUUUGAUCAAAUCAAAAGUAAAGCUAGCUGGGGUAUCUGUUUUUCUUUUGUUCAUUUGUUGGUACACACAUCUAUUAUAUUACAUUCAUACUUUUAUUUAUAUAUAUGGUAGAAGGCAGAUUAAGAAAGGUUCUCUGCUCUUUUUAAAAGAACA